AUGACGCCGAAUUAUCGCGGCUGGUUCUGGUCGCUGGCGGCCGUGGCGGGCACCGCGACGGCGGCGGUGGUCGUCUACAAGUUCGCGACGAGGAGUGCGCGUGACCAUGGGGAGGGUGAAGCGCGCGCAACCGCAGAGAGGGACGAAGGAGAGGACGUGGACUACGAGUGGCAGUCCGAGGAGGAGGUGGAGGAUGCGGAGGUGGAACAACCGAACGAGCAGCAGAUGCUCGCGGUUGACAGAGGGCGGAACAUGCUACUGGCCGCGUUCGGACUUAUGCUGAUGGUGCUGGUGACUGUCGUGUCGCUCGUCAUCACGUGGAACAUCGAGGACGAGGAGAUCUCUUUUGUGGAGCUGCCGAUGUUCCAGCCUCUUAUGUGGGUUGCCGUCGGAAUCUUUACAGCAGCCAGUAUGGAACUUUUUACGCGCUCAUCGAGGCUGAAUCAAGAGGUACCAGUUCUUGAGGAGAAGGCGGUGUUCCCGCAUGAUGCAAGAGACUUCGAGCUUAUUCAGCAGCAUGAAGGUGAGAAGAGCGGCAUUCCUGGAGACAUCGAGGCGAUUAUCAAGCGAGCCGACGAUCUGUUUGACCAGGGACUGCACGCCCAGACGCGAGAGUAUCUGAAAGUAGAGUUGCCGAAACACCCUCCCAGCGUCGAGAUGCUCUGGCGCUUAGCCCGCGCAUGCAAUUACCUGGUUGACGAGAAGAGCAACCCCGACGAGAAGAAGGCUCUGGCAUUUGAAGGCCUCGCUGACGCAGAGAAGGCGUAUGCUCUCAACAGUGAUUCAGCAGCCUCCAACAAGUGGAUGGCCAUCAUGACCAGCACGGUGGGGAACUUCCGCGACUUGAAGGAGAAGAUCGCGGGCGCCUACGACCACAUUCAACGAGCUAUCGAGCUGGACCCGACUGAUGCCAUAUCCCACAACAUCCUGGGCCAGUGGUGCUUGGCCUUUGCUGACAUGACUUGGAUCGAGAAGCGUGCUGCUGCUGCACUUUUUGGCACGCCCCCUACUGCGACGUACGAGGAGGCUGUGCAGCACUUCGAGGCAGCAGAGAAAAUCAGCCCCGGGUUCUGGAAAAAGAACGUAUUUCUCCUGGCACAGACUUAUAUGAAAAUGAAGCGGACCAAGGAGGCUGCGACUUGGGUGCUGGAGGCGAAGGCCGUGCCGGUGAAGACGAAGGAGGACGAAGAGGUCGCUCAGGACAUCGCAGCGCUCAUGAAGCAGCUCAAGUUGGCCUGA